AUGAACAUACUUGUAUUAGGAGCUGGUGGGCUAGGAUGUGAGAUUAUUAAAAAUCUUUAUAUGAUUAACAAAAACUCUUCAAUUAAGAAAAAUCAAAAAUGUAAAAACGCAUAUUUAAUUAAACAAAUUACUUUAAUUGACUUCGACAAGAUAGAACUAACUAAUUUGAAUAGACAAUUUUUAUUCAAAUUAAAUGAUAUUGGUGAAUAUAAAUCUAUUGUGAUUGCCAAAUAUUUUAAUCAAUUCAUCCCUACUUUUAUUACUCCAUUAAUUAUUGAUAUAAAGACUUUAGAUUAUCAAUUCUUGGAACAAUUUGAUUUUAUCAUAUCAGGCUUGGAUUCAAUUGAUACAAGAAGAUAUAUAAAUAAUUUAUUAAUCAAUUUUACAAGAUUAAAUAAUUAUGCAAAAAUUAUUCCCUUCAUAGAUUCUGCUUGUGAAGGAUUUAAAGGUCAUAUUAAAUUGAUUAUUCCAACAAUCACUGCUUGCUGGGAAUGUACAAUAGAUACUUUACCUUCAACGAAUUCUUCUGAUGAUUCUGCUCCUUUAUGUACUUUGGCAUCAAGACCGAGAAAUUUAAUUCAUAUCAUUCAAUAUGUUUGGCUACAACAAUCCAAUCUCAAUAAGGGAUCUCCAAAAAUUAAACAAAAUCAAAAUCAAAUCGAUAAUGAUGAUGAGGAAGAUGAAACUUUACCAAUAGAAACUCUUUUAAAAUUAUGUAAAGCAAGAGCAAAAGAAUUUCAAAUAGAUGACUCGAUAUUAUCACCCUCUUAUAUUGAAGGUAUUAUUAAAAAGACUAUCCCAAGUACAGCUCCAUCGAACGCAAUGGUAGCAUCACAAGCUUGUUCAUUAUUAUUACGAUUGUAUCAUGAUAGGCUAGAUUUAGAAUCUAUUGAUAAUCUAGAUACUUUUACAAUUUGCAACUUAACAAAUGGAGUUUAUUUUUAUAAAUUUGCAGCUCAAAGAUCAUCAAAUUGUCCUGUUUGUUCAGGUAUAUGGAAAAAUUAUAUAUAUAUAUAUAUAUAUAAUUACUAUUGUAUUUUAUUUAGUCAUUUCGGGUUUCUAUACCCAUCGGCAUUUUCUUGA